AUGUCGGAGAACUGUCGACGUGCAUGUGGUAAAUGCGGGAUUGCAAAGUCGACAGUAUGCAGUGGUGGUGGACAAAAGCAGGCUACAACAACAACUGCUGCACCGGUGCAGCGGUUACCAGUACAGCCAGCGGGAGGUUCGAAGUGCAACUCGCCAAUGUGUUUCAAUGAGGACCAAUGCUGUCCAGUCUGGGCAUUCCAGGGCGAAUGCAGAACAAAUCCUACAUUCAUGCUUUGUCAGUGUAGAGUGAGCUGCCAGCAAUGCCAACCACAAUAUCGUUAUGGAGAAAACAAUUAUUAUUGGAUUCAGACUGUGCCGACUACCACACCGACUGCCCUAAAUGGUCUCGGACAGGGGACUGUAAAAGAGCUUGGAUGCUGGAGAAUUGUCGCAGAUCAUGUAAUUCCUGCCCCACAAAUGACUUUCUACGACAGAACUGUCCUCAUCGCUUCGCAAGGACAGCAUUCUUUACAGCUAUUGGAAUGUGAAGACAAACCUUUGGCAGUCAAUAAUGUUUAUUUGAAAAGAUCUAGGUAA